AUGGCGUCCAAUGUUAACAUUCAGCGAUCUGGCACCCUGUACAUCACUAUUUCUAUCCCACCUCUACUCGCAUACCAAAGACCAAGCACCCUUCCAUAUCCUUCCCAUCUUCCCCCGGAUUUUGACGUCACAAACUACGAGCUCCAAUGUGCCCACGGCUUCCGCAAUGAAGAGUUCAGCUGGGGUUUAUAUUUUGACCACGGCCAGGGCAGUGGCACCUGGUACACUCUUCGAAGAGUCUGGCCGCGCGGCAUCGAUCCGACGAUGCCAAUCCCGCCAGCCUUCCAACUGAUCAAGCAAGACAUUCCCAUUGGGAUCCUCCGCCUGAAUGCCAAGGUCGUCGGCCUCAUCCGCGUCUUCGCCGAGGUGCCGGGGGCCAACACAGAUGCCCAAACGGGGGGGCUUCGCUACUACCUCGACUGGCUGACCGCCAACCUGGCGAUCCAAGCUACGCGGUCGUUUCUCUGGGCAGUGGGUGUGUACGUUCGAUGCCGGCAGCACGUUGUCAGGGCCCACGGACUCAGCGACUCGGGCACCUUCGACAUCAGUCGCUUUCUCAAAGAGGCCUUGACCUUUGCCUACCAGGAAGUGUGGUACGCCAUCGGUGGGCAGUUACCCCGGCCUAUCAUCACCUCGGUUCUUGGAGCUGCACUCGUGAGGGAUGAAUUUCUCGAUGGGAACCGUACCCAGGAAGUUUUGCCGAGUGUCGAGAAGGACGACGAGAAAGUCCUCGAUGUCACCGACGAAAGCCAGUGGCCCAAGCUGCCAGAAAGGGCCAAAAAGACCAAGUGA